ACGUUACUCGUAGUUUUUCUCCAUCUCUCUUCCCCCUUUACCCUAGGGUUAAAGCCAAAUCUCGAUUCCGCUUCUACGAUGAUGCAACCAGGCAGCAUGGUCCCUUCACCGAUGCCUCCCAUGUCUGCAGAUCCGUCCCAGCAGCAGCAGUACCAACAACCACCUCAGCCCUGGAUGCUGCAUCCGCCGCAGCCGCCUAUGCAGCCACAGCAUCCGGCCGCCUGGGCGCAACAGCCGCCGCCGGUGUCACAUCCCAUGCUCGCUCCUUAUCAAACCCAUCCAUCGCAACAGUAUUCCGGUGCAUAUACAGGCACAUCCCCAGCCGCUUCGUCCAGCCCCAAUGAAGUUAAGUCUCUAUGGAUCGGUGACUUGCAGUAUUGGAUGGACGAGAGCUAUCUUAGUGGAUGCUUUUCUCAUACUGCAGAGAUUGCAUCCGUGAAGGUCAUUCGCAACAAAUUCACUGCUCAACCUGAGGGUUAUGGAUUUAUUGAGUUCAGGAGCCGUGCCGCAGCUGAGGCUAUCUUGCAAACGUAUAAUGGAACAUUGAUGCCAAGUACAUCAGACAAGUAUUUCAGAAUGAAUUGGGCAACACUUGGAGCUGGUGAAAGACGGGAUAACACACCUGAACAUACAAUUUUUGUGGGUGAUUUGUCUGCGGAUGUGAAUGAUUACUUGCUACAAGAAACAUUUAAAGCUGUCUACCCAUCGGUGAAAGGUGCUAAGGUUGUUACUGAUAAGAACACGGGAUGCUCAAAGGGUUAUGGAUUUGUCAAAUUUGCGGAUGAGAGCGAACAACUUCGAGCCCUCACUGAGAUGAAUGGAGUGCUGUGCUCAACAAGGCCCAUGCGUGUUGGCCCUGCUAAUAAACAGCCGGUUGGUGCGCCGCAGAAAGGAAACAAAGAGGCUCUCGUAUAUGGGGGCCUGGAACUGAUUUCAGCUGAAAUGAUUACCAUUUAGUGCGUGGCAUCAUUUUAGGUCAGUUAAUUUGCUUAUGCCGUAAGCUUCCUUCAAUUUUUUGUGGCAUUUCUUAUGCUACACUAAGUUACUUUCCAGUUCGUUUUGAAUUCAGCACCCGACAAAUUUAUUUUCUGGAUUGCCAAGCAUUAAAUUUCCGUAUAUUUCUUUUCCAGUUCCUAUCAAUCCUAAAGUAUCACUUUUCCCUUUCAUUUUUCAUUUUAUGGGGUGAUUCGUUUCCUCCAGUUAAACAUUGCUGCUGCAAGCUGCUCACAUUUCCAUUUUUGUUGUUUCUAAGUUUCAGCUCAUGAGUCAUACUAAGUUAAUUUUUCUUCAUUGGUCAUUAGGAUUAAGGAGGGUGUACAUAUCUAGUUGUGUUCAAUUUUUACAUUUUUUUUAGAGAGAAGUGCUAAUCUAUUACUCGUAUAUAUCUUGUGUCCCCGUUGUUGUAUAUAUUGGAUUCAAUUGAUUGUGUUAGGAAUUUCGUUAUUUGUCUAGACUUGCAGAGCUAAUGGUGAAAGGAGGUAAAUUGAAUUGAUGAACACUGCAUGGUAGAGUUGUAAGCAUGUAUUGUUACGGGAUGCAGUUAUGCACGCCAAUCACUAGAAAGCUAACCCGUUGAUAUGUGGUUCAAGCUUGGUUGUUCUUUCUGUUAUGAUAAUCUUUGCCCUACUUCUGCCAUUUCUUUUGAUGUCAGAGAGUAUUGAAAUAUCAUUGUUGAUUUACAUUUUUAAUUGCUUUUUUGUUGCUUUGCCCCGAUCUUAUUCUUCUCAUAUGAGUAUCAUGAUUUUACUAUUUUAGAUGUGUGCAAUGUUUGCUGUGCUUUUGGUUGUUAAAAUUGCAAUUUGUAGUUCUAUCAUGGCAUUGCAUGCUUGUUAUUUCUUUUUUGUGCACAUGAUGUGGGUUGUUUUAAGAUUUCAUUGAGGAACACAAUUUGUUAAUCCUGUUUACCUCAUCCUUGUAUUUCUCCUCUUGCUCAUUGCAGCUACAUAUCUAAACCCACCUGCAAGUCAAGGCGAGAGUGACCCUAAUAAUACAACAAUAUUUGUUGGUGGUUUGGACCCCAAUGUUACUGAGGAGCUUUUGGGGCAAUUUUUUUCUCAGCAUGGUGAAGUAGUUCAUAUAAAAAUAGUUUCUGGAAAGCGUUGUGGCUUUGUUCAAUUUGCUACUAGGGCUUCUGCAGAACAGGCUCUGUCAAAUUUGCAGGGCACACAGAUAGGGGACCAUAGCAUUCGGCUUUCAUGGGGACGCAGUCCCUCCAACAAGCAGUCAUCAGAUCAGACAAAAUGGGGCAGUUCGUAUUAUGGAUAUGGACAAGGAUAUGAGGCUUACGGAUAUGCCCCUCCCCCUCAAACUCAGGACCCUAAUAUGUUCUAUGGUAGUUAUCCGGGAUAUACAGCCAACUAUCAACAGCCACGUCAGUGAGAUGAUCCCAGUUAAUUAAUCGGUCAUGGCCUUGGGAUGAGCUUUCCAGUUAGGUCUACUACUGGGUGUUGUUCUGCCCUCUUAUGUUCUCUCCCUUCCCUUUUUUUUUCUUUUAAUAAUAAAAUUGUUGUGUUAUGCGCUGUACUUGAUUUUGCUACGGAGUAUGUUCUAUUAAAGUUUGUCAUUAAAGUUUAUGUCAUUAA